ACCUUUAUGUGAGAUUGUGAACUAUUUUCCUAAACAACUCGUUAAAAUCAUACAAAAGACUGAUAUUUCUUGCAAUAUUUUCUGCACUUUUAUGUGAAAUAUGAUAAAACGUCUAUUUUUAUUAUCAAUUAUUUAUCUAGUAAAUAAGAAUGCCGUCAAAGGAAGUGAAAUCGGAUACUUCUGGCAAUUGACCGAUAUUCACAUGAAUUUGUUUUAUAAUAAAUCUUCUACAAAUCCUUUGGGUGAUUAUGUUCAAGGUACUCCUAAAAAACUUGUGCAAACCGUUCUUAAAUUCAUGAAAAAUGAAAAGAAAAAAGCCGAUUUCGUAAUGUGGACAGGAGAUAACAUUCCACCGUUUUAUCCGAUGAAUAAUACGGAAAUAGAGACAGAGAUUGCAGAGUUGACAAGCAUGAUAAAAAACACUUUUAACCAAAAUGAAGUUCCCAUAUUUCCUGUCCUUGGUAAUCAUGAUGUCUUCAAAGUAGAUCAAAUGCCUGCAGAUAUGAAAUUUUACAGAACAUUUUUAAAUCGUACUCAUUGGUCUUCUCUAAUAGACAAUGGUAAUUGGAAAGCUGGUUUCUACAGUAGAAAAUUGAAUAAACACCUUAAAAUUAUAGUUUUAAAUACGUGUUUAUACUAUAAUAAUGAUAAAUUAACAAUUAUGGACGAAGAUCCUGGAGGCCAAUUUAAGUGGCUUAGUCAGCAAUUACAAACAAUUAAAAAGAAUAAAAUGAAGGCUUUGAUUACAAGCCAUGUACCACCUGGAGACAGAUUUCAUAGAAAAUUCAAUGAGAAAUUUCUAACGAUUAUCUCGAAACAUAAAAGAGCUAUUUCCGGACUCUUCUUUGGUCAUAAUCAUACUGAUACGUUUAGAGUAUUCACCGCCGAAGAGGAAGACAUACCAAUGUAUCUCUCUCCUCCAUUAGCUCCUUUCUUGUAUAAGAACCCAUCCGUGCGCCUAUACAAGUACAAUAAGAAAACUGGAAAAAUUGACGAUAUUUUCCAAUACUAUUUAAAUCUUACAGAUAAGAAUCCAGAGUUUAAAUUAGAAUAUAGUUUCAAAGCAACUUACGGGUUAGAAAAUGCUCAUGCUGUUGGAGUGAUGUCCGGAACGUCUUUAGACGGUCUAGAUAUAUGCUACGUUCAUUUUUAUAUAGAUGAAGCUGAAACAGUAGAAUAUUCUGAUGAAUGGUAUGAAAAGCUAUUUAACGCUGGAUCAUUAACUGCUUUAGGAUUAGUCAAAUUAAAUAUUGAUUAUGGACAUUUUAUAGGAAAGGAAAUUGAGAAGUUUGUCUCCAAAUAUAAUCUUCAACCUGAUGUUGCAGGAUCGCAUGGUCAUACGAUUUUCCACGAACCGUCUCAUGGAUUAACCUUUCAACUCGGUUGUGGAGAGAGUAGUUCAGCAUAUCUAAGUUUUCCUUUGGUAACAAAUUUCCGUAUGAAGGAUAUUGUUUAUGGAGGGCAAGGUGCACCUUUGGUUCCCAGUGCUGAAAGAUUUCUAUUUAACAACUACGAAGCUUGCCUAAAUCUCGGGGGUAUUGCUAACACUCAUUUAGAAGAUACCGCUUUCGAUAUAUGUCCUUGUAAUAUGCUACUUAAUCAUAUUUGUCAAAGAUUAAAACCACCGAGAAAAUAUGAUGAAGACGGUCAUAUUUCAAAAGGGGGUAAACUAGUUAAGAGCUAUGAAGAUGCUUUAGAAAGCUUACAAUACUACCAGAUAAAGCCUCCAAAGAGUACCGGAAGAGAAUGGUUCGAAAAAAACGUCAUUCCCAUCAUUGAAAGUUGCUUAAAAAGCGGAAUAUCUCCCCAAGAUCUCCUCUACACUUCAACGAUGCAUAUUGUUAAGAGAAUAACUUCUGCUUUUAGUGGUUUUAAAGGUAAUUUGUUAAUUACUGGUGGCGGAGCUUUUAAUAGUUUCCUGAUAAGUCUACUAUCCGAAAAACUCAACAAAAUUGGUAUCACAUUAAUUGUGGCUGAAAAAGAUAUUGUAGAAUACAAAGAAGCUCUUAUUUUUGCAUUCUUUGCUGUUAAAAGAUUAUUAAAUGAACCAAAUGUAUAUGGAGAAUAUACUGGCAGCAAUAUCAAUUCAAUCAGCGGAGCUCUACAUAGCGGUUCAAAUUAA